GGCCGGUCUGAGGCGGGGCAGGGCCUGGGCGCUCAGGCGGCAGCCGCUGCAGGGGACCCAGGAAGAGGAGGUGGGGGCCGGGCCGGGCCUGGUGCGCUCGGGCCGGGCACGGAAGCGAGCAGAGCCGGGCAGCAGGAAGAUGGCAGAGCCGGAGAUUCAGCUGCUGCUAGGCGUGGGGCUGAUUGAAAAAGACACCAAUGGAGAUACUCUGUGGGUAUGGUGUUAUCCUUCCACCACAGCUGAAAUGAGGGAUCUGUUGCUGAGAAAAUGCUGCCUUACAGAUGAAAAUAAACUGCUUCACACCUUUGUAUUUGGCCAAUAUAGAAGAUCAUGGUUCUAUAUCACAACAGUGGAAGUUCAAGAUUCUCCAGUCUUGAAAAAGGUGACUCACUUUUCUAUUGUUCUGACUGCCAAAGAUUUUAACCCGGAGAAAUAUGCAGCCUUCACUAGGAUAUUGUGUAGAAUCUACCUGAAGCAUGGGAGUCCAGUUAAAAUGAUGGAGAGUUACAUUGCAGUUCUUACAAAGGGGAUCUGCCAGAGUGAAGAAAAUGGAUCUUUCCUCAGCAAGGAUUUUGAUGCCCGAAAGGCUUACCUUGCAGGUUCAAUCAAAGAUAUAGUAUCUCAGUUUGGUAUGGAAACAGUUAUCCUAUUCACUGCACUGAUGUUAAAGAAAAGAAUUGUUGUAUAUCACCCAAGAAUAGAAGUCAUCCAGGAGUUUACCAGGACUCUACCUGCUUUAGUGUGGCAUCGACAGGACUGGUCAAUUCUUCAUUCGUAUGUUCAUCUAAAUGAUGAUGAACUGGAAGCAUUAAAGACCUGCACAGGUUACAUUGCUGGAUUUAUAGACUCCAAAGUGAGCAAUAGACCGGAUCUAUAUGAUGUGUAUGUGAAUUUGGCAGACAGUGAAAUUACCAUUUCCCAGCAAGCGAAAGAGGCAAUGACAAUGGGAAAAUUGCACAAAGAAAUUGGUCAACUCAUUGUUCAGUCUGCAGAAGAUCCAGAUAAAUCAGAUAGUCAAGUCAUUAAGGAUAUUUCACUGAAGACAAAGGAAAUUUUGACUAAUCUGGCAUCAUUUACUGAAGUUUCUGAUGAUGGUGAGAAACCGACACUUAACUUUGAAUCCCUAAAACAAAAGCGAUAUCCACCAGCUACAGAAAACUUUCUUUAUCAUCUAGCAGCUGCUGAACAAAUGCUUAAGAUAUGACUUUGUUGAUACACUUAAAUGUUGUGGACCAAUAUGAAACUAUUCCCUUUGCCAUAAAACUAUGACUAUCUGCUACAUAUAUAAAAAAUUAAAGGUAGCAAAGAAAAUGUUACAUUUUUAAUGAUGUAAUGCAAAAUAUAGACAUUUGACCUGGAACAUGCGGCUACACAUUAGGAAAUAUUUCUAGUCCUUUUACGUUUCUUUGACUCUGACUUUAUACACACAAGGGCAGAUACUCAAAAACACAACCUGAGUUGGGCACCUUACCUGUGUUUGUGCCUUUGAAAUCUUCUUCCUUACUCCUGGUGUACUAUAACUUCACAGAACUGGACAUACUGGUAUAAACACAUUGAAAUCCGAUACACUGAAAGUAACACUGAAAACUGGAAAAUGGUUAGAGCAGUAAAAAUAUACCUGUUUGUCUUAUUGCAUAGCCAUAAAGUAACAGUUUUUCAGUAAGCAGUCUGAAACUAACUUUGCUUUGUAAUCUUCUGGGAAGAACUUAAAUUCUUUGUAAGGAAACCUACUUUCUGAGCCAAACAUCCAAUGUUUCUGCAGAAAUGUCUAUGAAACCAGUCAAAAGGUUCUGCAGUAGCGCUUUUGUUAUAUGAAAAAUAGAACUUUUUUUCCUGGCCUUUGCACAGAUGGGUGUAGCAUGUGGUUUUACAUAGAGAUUUUAUACUUAAAAUAAAAAAAUUUAGUAAUCCAUAUUUAUACUAUUAAAAAUUGAAUGUUUGGUAUCUUGAAGCUGUAAGAACUCAUAAUUAACUAUAUACAAACCAUAUUAAUUUGAGAAAGAUUUUUGUUUAUGUAUUGUAAAGUAAGGAAGUCUAUUUUAGAAUAUGGAUAAGGAAUUAGGUAUCUAUAUAUAAAAUAGCUACUUAUUGCAGUUAGUCCCAGAGAACUACUGCUACAAUCCCCUAUUUUCAGGGGUGUAUAAUCCUACUUCAGAUAUUUACACGAGACAGAAACUUUGCAGUUAGUUUAGACACAGAAGCAUUUUUUAAAUGAACGGCAUAUUGACUGUAAAAAGAAAAGUAGUGCUUGUGGCACCUUAGAGACUAACUGUGUUUUGCAUAUCAGUGCUCUCUGACUUUUUUCCAUUUGUAUAACCUAAGGGGUGUUUUUUAAUGGUCCAGAUAAGUUUAAAGAUCAUAUAGAAAGAAACACAGUUAGGGCUUGAGCCUUAAGUCCAUUGAAGUUAGACUUUCCAUUGAGUUCAUUCAGCAUGCUUUGGAUCAGGUCUUGAGCAUCUCUAGGACUAUAACUACAGGGUUAGAGUGAAAAUCUAUUUCCCUGGAUUCUUCUAAAAAAUGCAAGCUUUUAUUAAAAUAACAUAUAGUUGAAAUAACAUGCAUGGUUUAGGAUAACUCACAAAAAAGUGGAGUUCUCAUUUGCCAACUAAAUAUUUGAUAUUUAAUUAUUUUCUUUUAUGUUCAGUCUUGGAGACGCUUUAGUUGCAAAUUUCCUUAUUGUUUGUCUCAGACCUUUCCUUCUAAUGUUUUUUGUAUGAAAACAAAUGAAACUUAAUUUUGCACUUCAGGAAUUAUAUAUAUUGCAAAGUUAUGCCUAUAAAACAUGAUCUUUUUUUUUUUUUUCCUGAACCCCUUGCCCUGUGUAUUUCAUGUAAAUUGUGCUUGAAUAGUCAUGGUCAUCAAGUGACAGGCUUCAGCUCUUAAAUUACAAUAAAAUAAUAGAAAUAUUUAGUAACGUGGUAACUUAAAACAUUUACAAUAUUUCAACCACAAUGUCUAGUUUAAAAAGAAUCAUGUUGUGUUUUUGUUUACAUUGAAUGUACAGCAAGGUGGUAUAAGCAAACUCUUGUAGUAGAUGGGAGACAGAAUUUCAAUGGAAGGUGUGCAAAAUUAGGUUUAAAUUGCCUCCAGCCCCCAGGUGAUGCACUUAUCCUGUGAGGAGAAAAUUGGGCCAUUUGCACUUGUAUGAAGUAGUGCAUCACCUACACUAUUACAACCUUUAUUCCAUAUAUAACAAAACAGAACCGAUGUAGAUCAUAACCAGUUUGUUUUGCUAACUUUCAAAGGACAGAUGGUAAUGUCCUUGUUGAAAUUUAACUUAUUCUUUCUAUCUCCAGAAGUCAGUGAACUGUGUUUCUCUACAGUAGUAUUUUUCUUCCUAAUGGUUUUUUGACAUCUAGAGAUUUCACAAGGAUUAAAAGGAGAGUUUGAGUGUAACUGGUAAAAUCAGCAAUCCUUUGUUAACCAAGUGUGGUUCUGCGCUGAGAAGUGACACUAUGAGACUCCAGGUUAGUUCUGAUUUCCAUAAUGGAUAUGUUCAGCCUACAAAUAGCCGUUUUUGCAACUGUCAGCCCUACAAACGCAAUAUGUGGGUCUGAAAGUCAAGCUGUAUCCUUUUUUACUCCUUUAUCAUUCCUAAUAGUAAGAUUCUUCAGGUUAAAUUCUGAGUUAUGCCUUUUCUUCUCUCUUGCCUUCUAGGAUUGGGUAAAAGAGGAAUGCAUUUGCCAUUGAAACUAAAUGGUGAUGUUGAUAACCAACCCAGUAGAGAAACCAACUCCUGCUCCCAUUUGCAUUGGCUUUGCAGUGUUACCAAAGGUUUAAAGUAGAAAAAAAUGGAUGUAUAUAGUUUGAUCUGACUCAGAUUUGCAUUGGGAGCAUAUUGAGUUACAUGGUACCUUUGUAUAGCUACUGUUAGCACAGAACAGCACUUUAAAGCACGUACCAUUACCCACCAUUUCCAUAGUCCAGGUCUACACGUAGAUUUUGUACUGAUGUAACUUUCAGUUAGGGAUGUAAUAUAUUUUUUAAACCAAAAAGUUAUACUGGUAUGUCUCCUAGUGUGGACACAGUUAUGCCAAUACAAAAGUGUUUAUAUCACUGUAGCUUAUUCCUGUAUGGGAAAGGGAAUACUGAAAUAACUGCAUCCAUAAGAGGGCUGUACCACUUUAACUACACCAGUAUAGUAAAAACGGUACAGCAUCUGUGUAUACGAGGCCUUAGUCUCUGUAGAGGUAAGGAUUAACUUGAGAUAUGAGAGUUAAUUACGUAUACAAAAAACGGCAUUAAAAACAUUAUUAAGGUUGCCAAGUCAAGCACUUCAAAGUUAGGAAAUGUCAGAAUUAAGGUUGCCUGUACAACAUUAAUUCAGCCCCCUUGUUUGUAUGCAUAAUACUCUCUUUACAAGACAUGCUGUUUUUUCCACAGGACCCUUGCCUCAUUCAGUGCACAGAACUUAAGGAGCAGCUAUUGGAUAUUUUAUUUUUCUCCUCAUUGUUCAACGUGUGGCCCCAUGCCUUAUUUACUGCACACUAUUCAAAUCCUGCUCUGAACAAUUAAUUUCCUAAUGGGCUUUUCUGUGGUGCCAAACAAUAUAAUAUUUGAGUGCUUCACAACUAUUAAUUUCUUUUCACAACACCCAUCUGAGGUGAGAGGGCAUUAUCCCAGUUUUAAAGAUGGGGAGCUGAGGAACAGAAAAAGUAAGGUCAAAAUAUCCACUAAUUUUGGGUGCCUAAUUGGAGAUGCCUGGUUUUUCGAGUACUUCACAUUAAAUAGCACUUUGUAGGUUCAAAGUACAGUUCUCUUUGUCUUCACUCAGCACUUCUGUGAAUCAGAAUCCAGGCUAUCAAGUUGGACAUCCAGAAAAUGAGGAAUGCACAAUUAGUGAAUAUCUGAGAAAAGUUUGAGAGUAACUUGACUAGCAUCACGUAGGAACUCUGGCAGAGGCAGGGACAGAAUCCAGCUCUCCAAGGCAGCAUUCAGCUACCUUAACCAUGAAACCAUCCUUUUAUCUUCCUGUAAUCCUCUGCCAUCUUCUGCCUUAACCACUACAUACCUUCCAACCUGGUAUCCUACAGACACAAUCUCCUUCACUACACAACCCUGUUCCAUCUCCAGAGCAGGUUCAUUCUGUGCACUUAAUGAAGCAGAGAGAAAAUAGUUUGUGAUUAUGUAACAUGAGUGUCUCAUGAUGCAUAUGCCCAAGGGGGCUGAAUUCAGUUUGCACAUGCAAACUUUAUACUGGUAUUUUCUAACUUUCAAGUGUUUGACUUUGCAACUUUAAUGUUCUUUAAAUGUUUGUGUGUAUAAUUUCAUAGGCUUUUAAAAAAAGCAACCUAAAAAACCAAUUUCCAUCAUCUGGCAUCAUAUUGACAUUCACAUGGUUCAUCAGCAGGGUUGGAACCUUUAGAUUCAUCACACAGACCUCUGCCAUUUGAGCUAACAAAGUAAAGCAUAGCAGUAGUAGGUUGUCAUCCUGCAUGCAGACCAGCAUAAGAGGAGGAAUGGGACACUUCUGCUAGUGCAUUUCACAGAUAUUUGCUGACCGCAAUCUGGAUUCCAAUCCAGGCUUUGGAGGGAUGUGUGUCCCAGGGGACCCAGAUUCUUCUAUUUCUUCUCAAGUACAACCCCUUCUACCCCACCCCCUUCCCACCUGUACCAGUCCUUUUUUUUUCCUCUCCCACCCUAGCUCCUUCUUCCUGUUACAUUCUCCUCAUCUAUCUAGUCUCAGUCUCCACUGCUUAGGCUUCUCAUCACAGGCGCCUUGCCCAGUAAGUUCUAGCCUCAAGCCUCUGGAUUCUCUGUCCCCCCUGUACUAGCUUCAUUGCCCAGCCAGUCCCCCACCCCCACACCGUGGCCUCCAGUCAGACCUGCCCAUGUUGCCUGCUCCCCUUGACUCCCAAUCUCCUCCCCAGCUGCUUCUCCAAUCUCAAUAUGUCUCUCCCCUGCCCCAUGCCUUGUUCCAGACUCUUUACCCGGUCCCAGUUUUUCCACCUACACCUCAGCUCAUCAUCAGAUCCGUCUCCCUCCUUAUCACCUAACUGGUUCUCACUCUGUCUCCCUGCCUGCUCAUCUGAUUUCAAUCUCCUCCCUUCACCAACUGGCUCCCAGUUUCCCCCACCACAUUUAUUCAUAGAUUAAUUGGCUUUGAAUCCCAGCCUGUCGCAAUCCCUCUCCUCCGAGUCCUAGACUUCUUGCCAAGUUUGUUACAGUUACUCCUGCUCCCAGUUACUUUGCCUACCAAUCCCAGUCUCCCCCACAGAACUCCUGGUAUCAGUUUACCUCUUCCCCCUACCAACCUCCAGUUCCACAGACCCCACCACCCACAAAAGCAGGUCUGUCUCUUGACCCCUCUACACAUGAAUCAGGCAGCUUUCUUCCCCCCAUGCUGUCUGGGUCCAGCAGAGGGCCAUCGAGAACACAGAGACAGCAUCCCUGGUCUCAGUUCAGGUGUUGAGACCCAACAUACGUCAUAGCAGCCUAGAGCUGCAUUUGUUGGUUAAGUCCUGCUCAGCCCCAACCUGGAGAAUGCCCAGGAUGGACAGAAUCUUCAGGGAAUUUUUGCUGCUAAAAUGUAAAGUCUAUAGUGAGCAUGUACAAAUGCAAUUUUUCAAAGACAUAAGUUGGCCAAAUUUGGGGAGAUUUUCACGGAGAUGGCAAAAGGAUACAUCCUUGACACAAUUGGUAUCCCCUGCCAAAUUUCUGGUCCUUGCUCCCAAGCAUGGGGGCAUUAGAGCUUUUCAAAGAAAAGGUUGCCAGAAUUUUUAAUACUGCAAAUCAAUGAAUUUUUCCCUUGUUCUUGGCAAUGGCUUAGUCGUUUUGGCCAAAAUUUUCCAAGUCUGAUGCAACACCUGGUAUGGAAGAUUUUAGCCUGAAUGGUUAAAGUUUGGCAGUUAUAAGCAACUGAAAACAGGGUUUGCAGUGUAUUGGGCACCUUAAAUAAUAAGAGGUUCUUCCAGCUCUGCUUAUAUUAUGAGAGUAACUUUCCACACAUGGAGCUGCAAGUAUCAUUUAGCUUAAAUUACUACAGACUGUAACAUAUUCACGUGUAAUGCCAGAGGAUUUUAGCGUGUUUAGAAUCGGCAUGAGUAACUAAAUUGAUGUGUUGUCUUCAUCUUUCUGUGAGUGUGUUUCCAGAGAGGUCCUAUAGGGAUUGAGUCUUGGCCCUUUGCUAUUUAACAUUUUGAUCAAUGAUCUGGAAGAAAACAUAAAAUCAUCACUGAUAAAGUUUCCAGAUCACACAAAUUGGGGAAGUGGUGAAUGAUGAAGAGGACGGGUCACGGAUUCACAACAAUCUGGAUCACUUGAAAAACUGGGCUCAAGCAAACUGUGCUUUAAUACAGCUAAAUGUAAAUGUAUACAUCUAGGAACAAAGAAUGAAGAUCAUACUUACAGCAUGGGGAACUCAGUGAUUCUGAAAAAGAUUUGAGGGUGUGAUGGAUAAUCAGUUGAAAAUGAGCUUCCAGUGUGACACUGCAGCCAAAAGAGCUAGUGCAAUCCUGGGGAUGCGUAAACAGGGGAAUCUCAAACAGGAGUAGAGAGGUUAUUUUACCUCUGCAUUUGGCACUGGUGGUUGCAAUGCUGUGUCUGGUUUUGGUGCCCACAAUUUAGGAAGGAUAUUCAUAAAUUGGAAAGGCUUCAGGGAAGAGCCAUGAGAAUUAUUAGAAAACAUGCCUUAUACAGAUUAGUUUAACAAAAAAGUUAAGGGAGUGACUUGAUUACAUCUGCAUGGGGAACAGGCUCUUCAUUCUAACAUAAAAAGGUAUAAAACUGUGCAGUGGUUGGAAAUUGAAGCUAGACAAAUUCAGACUGGAAAUACGGUGUAGAUUUUUAUAGGUGAGAGUAGUUAACCAUUGGAACAAUUUACCGAGGCUCAUGGUGGAUGCUCCAUCCCUGCCAAUUUUUAAGCUUGGAUGUUCUUCUAAAAGAUAGGCUCUAGAAAUUAUUGGGGGGGAUGUUCUGUGGCCUGUGUUGUCCUGGAGGUCAGUCUAGAUGAUCACAGUGAUCCCAUGGGGUCUUGGAAAUAAUUUGUUUGUUUAGACCUGGUCCAUUAUAGUACUUCUGCGUUGCUUUCUUAAUUGUUCACACUAGCCUUUACUGUGGCUAAUAUUAAACAUUGUAAAAAAAAAAAAAA